UUGAGACACAAAUUACAAUUGACAGGAUUAUCCCACAAGUCAAUCAAAUAUGAUGAAUAAACUGUUGGGUAGACCUCAAGAUCUCACCAAAAUGUCGCCCGAUGACGUGAAAUUGAUCAUCAACAAAUUCGACACGAUCAUAACCGAUUGCGAUGGAGUCCUCUGGAUAGAAAACAAACCCAUCACGGGAUCGAUAGAGGCCUACGAGCGUCUGGUAUCCAUAGGCAAAAAAGUGAUACUAAUCAGCAACACUUCGAUACUAUCCAGAAAAGAACUGAGGAAAAAGGCCAGCGACAUGGGAUUCCCCGAAGUACCGCUGGACAACAUCAUCACCACCUCGUAUUUGGUGGCGGAUUAUUUGCAUUUGAAAAAUUUCAGUAAAAAAGCCUACGUAAUAGGCUCCCAAGGCAUCGCCGACGAAAUGGCGGCCAAAGGGAUCCGCCACGCGGGCGUCGGUCCCGACGCGCUGCAAUUCAACCUGGUGCAAGCCAUCGAGAGAUUCGCGCCCGACGCCCAAGUGGGCGCCGUCGUGGUCGGCUUCGACGAGCAUUUCUGCUACAACAAGCUCCUCAAGGCGGCUUCCUACCUCAGCGAGCCGUCUUGCCUCUUCCUGGGAACGAACAAGGAGGAACGGUUCAAGAUCCACGCGUCGCUGGUUAUUCCGGGCACCGGAUCCAUUCUGGCGGCGCUGGAAUCGACGGUUCAACGGCAGGCGACGAUCGUGGGCAAGCCGUACCCGUUCCUGCGCGAGGCGUUGAAGAGCAAGCACCGCAUCGUGCCCGAGCGGACGUUGGUAAUCGGCGAUCGGACCAAUACCGAUGUGAAAUUGAGCAAGGAGUGCAAAUUUGAGAGUUUGCUGGUGAAGUCGGGCGCUCCCAAUUACCUGUCGUUGAACCAGCAGCCCGAAAACGGGGACCACGUGCCGGAUUUCCACAUUGAUAAGUUGGGCGAUUUGGUUGAUUGUUUAGAUUAAUUUAGGAACUAGCACUAUUACUAUAAUUCCGUGGAUUGGUGCCAUAAUUUGAUGUGGAAUUUUUGUCAAAAUCGAGUUAUCAGUACCACCAGGUUCCUCUCGUUGAGAUGGCAGAACAUAAAAGUAGAAGAUAAAGCUAUCGAAGAAACUACUUACUGAAGAUAUUUAAACCAAUUUGGGACAGUAAUCCAAUCUUAAAAUAGCUCCCUUGAAAUUUAGUAAACUCGACAUCAAUUUCAGGCAUCUAC